CUCCUCUUGUCUGAUUUAGCCCUAACCUAUACGGCUGCUACAUCCAGAUUUCCUCAUCCUGAUUAGGGAGGAACCAAAACCCUAAUCCUAUCUUGUUCUGUCCUAUAAAUCGCUUCGACAGCAGUUUCUUUCUCUUCUUCUUCUUCUUCUUCUCUUUCGUUUCCGUUUCAAUAUCAUCUGAUUUGAUUCAUGGUUUCUCAUCUCGAACCCUAAUUUAUACAUCCAUCAAGUUGUGUUCUUCUUCUUUUGGGCAAUCAGUGGUUAGUCUAAAGUCUAGGAUUUUCAUAUAAAGAUUUGAUAUUUCGUUGAAAUCGAAUCUUGAUUUCGUAUAUUUGUGUUGUGUGUCUCUGUUCUUGCUUUAUCUCUUUGGUUUUUUUUCUUUUCUUUUUCUCCUUUUGUUUAUCCGUAGAAGACUUCUCGGUGAAAUCGAAAGCUUGUUGCUUUAUCUCGAUCUUGGUGUUUAGCUGAAUCGUGUUGUUAAGAUGGCUGGUGGUGGAAACAGGAGAGAUGAAGGAUCGAUCACGAUCCAGAGUACCAAUUUGUUUGCAGCUUUGGACACUCGUAAGAAGAAGAAGAAGUCUGACAAGGCAGGGAAGAGCAAAGGAUCCUCUAAGUCACGAGAGGCAGAGAAGGAGCCUGAGCCACAGGUCUUUUGGCAACCUACCCCUCUGAAAGUUAAGUCUUGGGCUGAUAUUGAUGAUGACGAUGACGAUGAUGACUAUUACGCCACCACUGCUCCUCCUCAGUCUGGCUGGAGCGCUGCUGAGCCUGCCCAAACUGAUUCAAAAGACGUUCAUGUUGAGGAAAGUGAAAGUGAGGAAGACCUUCUUGAUGAAGGUGAUGAUGAUGUGGAGGAGGAGCAAGAACAGGAAACAGAGGUACAGGUUCAUCCAGAGCCUGAGGCUGAGGUGAAGAAGGCUCCUGAAGUUCCUGCACCUCCUAAAGAGGCAGAGAGGCAACUUUCCAAGAAAGAGAGGAAGAAGAAGGAACUUGCUGAGCUCGAGGCUUUGUUGGCUGAUUUUGGAGUUACCCCUAAGGAGAACAAUGGCCAAGAAGAAUCUCAAGAGGCUAAACAAGAGAAGAAAGAAGAGGCCAACGGAGAAGGAGAGAAGAAGGAGAAUGCAGCAGGUGGGGAGUCAAAGGCAUCGAAAAAGAAGAAAAAGAAGGAGAAGCAGAAGGAGGCAAAAGAAUCUCAAGAGCUACAAGCAAACAACAACGCAGAUGUUGUGGAGGAAGCUACUGUGUCCGAACCAACAGAGGAAGAAAUCAAAGAAAGGCUAAAAAAGCUUGCAUCCAUGAAGAAGAAGAAGUCAGGCAAAGAGGUGGAUGCUGCAUCAAAAGCAGUUGCGGAGGAGGCAGCUGCGAGACGUAAGAAGCUGGCUGCUGCAAAGAAGAAGGAGAAGAACCACUAUAACCAACAGCCUGUGCGGUAAAUCCUGAAUCACCACCAUUUUGAUCUUGAUGGAAAUACAAAUAUGAACAUGUAUUUCGCCGUAUAUUGUUCAUAUGAGUCUCUGUCCUAAUAAGUAUUUUGAAGGGUCUGGUUUUUAGGGUUAAAGACAUUGAAUCCUUUUUUUAGUCGUAUUACAUUGAACAGGCUAAAGUCAAAACUUCUCUCUUCUGUUUCUUUUCGAACACCUUUCUUUUUAAAAUAUCAGACCUUUUUUUAGGUACA